AUGCUGUCACCAACCUCAUCGACUUGCCAGUCGCCCAGCUCCAACAGGUACAGCACAUGUCGCGCCCUGCAAUCACUCCUCGCUAGCAACCUUCCCACAGCGCUGUCUUCGAGUCCAAAGAUCAUCCGUGCACCACCACACCUCGGCAGCCCCAUCGUACUCAAAUCUGGACCUCGCGCGCAACCGAAAAAGGCGAAGUCGCAUACAAUGCCAGAAGCCAAGAUCACAAAAUCGCAACCACGCACGCCACCGCGCAGCAAUCUCAAGCGUCGCCGCUCCUUCAGCGACGACGAUGACGGUCCCGCGCGCGACCAGGAAAACGUCGAGCAUGCCAGACCCUCCACACCGAAGCGCCAGCGCACAUGUCCGCCCACCCUCCCUCUCGGCCUCGAGCGCGAGGACUUCGACGCACUGAAACCCGUCGCCACACCACCGCACACGCCCGAAGCGAAGCCCCCACCCGCGCGCGCAUGCCGAGGCGACAACGACCCCGAGUGGUCCACGGGCGACGACAGCGCGCUCGUCGCGCUCAUCCUCAACAAACUGCGCCUGCGCCAGAGCGACUGGGACGAGUGCGCCAGGCGGCUCGGCAAGGAAAAGGACAGCAUCGGCAAGCGCUGGGCCCACCUGCUGGGCGAUGGCGAAGUCGGCCUGCGCAGGGGUUCCGGCCAGCAGAAGAGGGGCAAUGUGCACAAGAUGGAAUUCGGGCCGCCACUGCCGGCGGUGCCUAGGGAGUGA